AAAUGUCCUUAAGUACUGUAGCCAAUCAGAGCAGAGGUGCACAGGUUUAAAAGGCCUGUGAGAUCACUGAGCGCUCACCUCCUUCAUCCUUCAAGGGCUGUGUCCACUCUGCCCUCCUCCACCUGAGAGCCUUCCUGGGAAGAUGGCAGCAGUCCUGAUUCUCCUGACCUUUCUUCUGCCUCUUGGAUCUGGUGCAGAGGAGAUCAUCGGGGGCCAUGAGAUCAAGCCCCACUCCCACCCCUACAUGGCAUUUAUUGCAUCCGUCCACGAUAAUGAGAACAGGAGUCGCUGUGGAGGCUUCUUGGUAAAAGACAACUUCGUGCUGACAGCUGCUCACUGCAAGGGAAGCUCAAUGAAAGUCACUCUAGGAGCCCACAACAUCAAGAUCCAGGAGAAGACCCAGCAGAUCAUUGCUGUGGCUAAAGCCAUCCCACACCCAGCCUAUAAUCCUCAGGAUAGCUCCAAUGACAUCAUGCUCUUAAAGCUGGAGAGGAAGGCCAAGAUGACUAAAGCUGUGAGGCCUCUCAACUUA